AUGAGGAAGGGUACUAAAGUUGUUGCCCACGAGGAUACAAGCUCGGGAAGUGUUCUUAUAGAUACAGCUGCUCUUUUGCAGAAUUCACAAGAGAAUGGAAACUGCAAGGACAUGGUGGUAGAGAAGAGUGCAUACAAUGCGCAUUUAGGAAGCUUGGUUUGGAAGAGAAGACGAAAGAGAUGGGUCUGGAUGACUAACCUAUGUUGUGAGACAACGGCGCAUGAGACCUUUAUUAGAGGCUUCAGGGUGUUCUUCUCCGCUGAUGCAAGUGCUACCUCUGAUUUGGAUCUUCAUGAGGCUACAUUGAAAAACAUGGCUUAUGGUUUUGCUUACUUUCUUGAUUGUCACAGGCUCAAACAAGCUCUUCCCUAA